AUGAGAGGAGCAAAGAGGCGAUCCAUGCAAGCUGUAAAAUGCUUGCCUUCGCAGCUCGAUGGGUUCACAUCGUCCAAGAUCCUCAAAAGAGGACUCCGCCUUCACUGGAAGCCCGCCGUCGGCAACAAGAUCGAGCUCGCCGUCGAGGCGCGCGUGGGAAGCGGCGCCGCCAAGGGCUGGAUCGCAGUAGGCUUCACGCAAGGUGGCGACGCGGACACCGCCGACGCGGUGAUUGGGCAAACCAGCACGGCUCCCGUGGCGACGUACACAAUCUCACCCGACGGCCAGGUUAUGCUGACGAACACGUUCUCUAUCGGGGAUGCGGCUUUGGAGCGCUCGCGCCUGCGCGCUGUCAUCCGCUUCACGCGGAGUAACAGCGACGGGGCUGUGCCCGUGAAGAUCCGUGGGCAGAACAACAUCAUCUGGGCUUACGAUGUCAACGGCGACAAGGAGAUCAACUACCAGAACCGUAGAUCGGGCUCGGUCGUGGUCAACUUCGGCUGCGUGGGAGGCGCACCCGCGGUGGAAAAUCCAAUGAACCCCAUUCCGGGCAGCAAUAGUGGAAUGGCCACUACCAAUGUUCCUGCCUCGCCCGCCGUGCCCGCUAUCAGCUACUGUCCCAAGUCCAGCCUUGCCGGAUAUGCCUACUCCGCUAAUCUCGACGGCGGCAGCUUCGUGCUGCACUGGAAGCCCGUGCAGGGUCAGGCGAUUCAGAUGGCUAUGGAGGCGAAGGCCGGCAGCGCCGCGUCUAACGGCUGGUUCGGCAUGGGAUGGUCGCGCGACGGGUCCAUGUCGCCGAGCUACUCGGUGAUCAAGAGCGGCUCAUCGCUGGCGGCGUACUACAUCAACGGCUACAAGCCCAAGAACGUGGUGCCUACCACCGACAUUUCGCUCGGCGUGCCGUCUCUCUCUCGCUCUGCUGCGGGGUCGCUCAUCGCGCAGUUCACCCUGACGGCAGGACAGGGCCGCAUUCCGCUCAAGCCAUCCGGGCUGAACUAUAUCACCUGGGCGUACAGCACGGGCAACCAGGGCAUUGGGUUCCACGGCUCCAACGUUGGGUGGGUGAAGGUCGAUUUCUCGUGCUCUUUCUGGACGGACAGCCAAACCUCAUCAAGCACUGGCUCUAGCGGUGACCACUCCUCUUGGGCUCGGGAUAUGAAUCAGGCAAGUGGCAAGUACUAUGCGGACCAGGGCACCACUUACUGGGAGGGUGUGGGGCAGGGUGUGGCUGAGCUGGUGGCUCCAUUGGAGCUGAAGAAGCGGCUCAAGGCGGCUGAGGAGAGGAGGAAGAAGGAGAGGGAUGCAUACAACAGGCAGGUGUAUCGCCAGGUGUAUGGCUCGGCGGGGAGCAGUGAUGGUGGUAAUUAG